CUUGUGUGACCAUUCUCUAAAAUAUUUAAGCUCAAAAAUCACAGAGCGAAAGCUACAGGGCACUUGGCUGCCUGUUGGCCGGGGGAAUCUGGAGAAACCAUUCUUGGGGCCGCGCAGCUCUGUUGUGCCCAUGUUCAGCCCUCAGGGUGGCCUUCACUCGGCCCAUGCUGAGAACAGCCAGCUGAAGCCCAGGGUGGUAACGGUGGUGAAGCUGGGUGGGCAGCCCCUUCGGAAGGUCACUCUGCUCCUCAACAGGCGGUCAGUACAGACAUUCGAGCAGCUCCUGGCAGACAUCUCAGAAGCCCUGGGCUUUCCAAGAUGGAAGAAUGAUCGUGUGAGGAAAUUGUUCAACCUCAAGGGCAAAGAAAUCAAGAGUGUUUCUGAUUUCUUUCGGGAAGGGGAUGCUUUUGUAGCCAUGGGCAAAGAACCAUUGACGUUGAAGAGCAUUCAGGUGGCUAUAGAGGAACUGUAUCCCAACAAAAACCGGGCCUUGACCUUGACCCAGCACAGCCAAGUGCCUUCUCCAAGGCUGAGAAACAGAUUUCACAGCAAGCUUCUGAAAGGAGGCCAACAUGGUGGGGAGACAGCGAGUGGCAGUGAGGCUGUGGGAAGCAAGGUGGCCACAAGGCUCCAGGGGAAGACCCCUGUGGAGCUGGCACUGGAGGACAAGAUGAGGGCACAGAAGAGGUGGGGAAGGGGAAAGCGGGAGCCAGAAGCCAGUGGCAAGCCACCCAGGGAAACCACUCUGGAGGAGAGGCAUGCAAAUGGAGAGAAGCACCUGGGGGUGGAAAUUGAAAAGACCUCAGGGGAGAUCAUCAGAUGUGAGAAGUGUAAGCGGGAGAGGGAGCUCCAGCAGAGCCUGCAAAAGGAGAGGCACUCCCUAGGGACUGGUGAGUUGGACAUAGGGAAGGGCCACAGGUAUCAUGUGGAGAAGCUGGUGAGAACGAGAAGCUGCAGGAGGUCUCCUGAGGCAAACCCUGCUGGUGGGGAGGAAGGAUGGAAGGGCGACAGCCAUGGGUGCAGCCCCAGGAAUCCCACACAAGAGAUGAGGAGACCCAGCAAGAGCACGGACAAGAAAGAGGAUAGAGACCCAGAGGAUCAGGAGAGCCAUCCUCAGGGAUUGGCCAAGGCUAAGAAGCACUGUGUGGAAGUUCUACCAGUCACAGAGGAGGGGCCGAGGGACAUGAAGAAAGACACUGGGCAAGCUUGCAGGAACAAGCAUGGUGUCUGGCUCCAGCGAGAGCACCAGGCUGAGCCCGAGCAGCUCCCCAGGACCCGAGGGGAGGAGAAGGAGGCAGAGAAGGAGAAGAAACUAGGUGUGUCAGGAGGGAAAAAGAUGGUUCUUAGAGAUGACCCAUCUGCCAGGAUAGAGAAGGAACCCAAGACAAGGGCAGAAGAGAACAAGCCAGAAUGGCCCGGUGGUCGGAAGCUGCGGCCUGUGGGCAUCAUUGCAGCCAAUGUGGAGAAGCAUUACGAGACUGGCCGGGUCAUUGGUGAUGGGAAUUUUGCCAUUGUGAAGGAGUGUAGGCACCGCGAGACCAGACAGGCCUAUGCCAUGAAGAUUAUCGACAAGUCCAAACUCAAGGGUAAGGAGGAAAUAGUUGACAGUGAGAUCUUAAUCAUCCAGAGCCUCUCUCACCCCAACAUAGUGAAACUGCAUGAAGUAUAUGAAACACAAGCAGAAAUCUACCUGAUCAUGGAGUACGUGCAGGGGGGAGACCUUUUUGAUGCCAUCAUAGAAAGUGUGAAGUUCCCAGAGCCCGAUGCUGCCCUCAUGAUCAUGGACUUAUGUAAGGCUCUCGUCCACAUGCACGACAAGAGCAUCGUCCAUCGGGACCUCAAGCCAGAAAAUCUCUUGGUUCAGCGAAAUGAGGACAAGUCUACUACCCUGAAACUGGCUGAUUUUGGCCUUGCAAAGCAUGUGGUGAGACCUAUAUUUACUGUGUGUGGGACUCCAACAUAUGUAGCUCCCGAAAUUCUUUCUGAGAAAGGUUAUGGCCUGGAGGUGGACAUGUGGGCUGCAGGUGUGAUCCUCUACAUACUCCUGUGUGGCUUCCCUCCGUUCCGCAGCCCAGACAGGGACCAGGAUGAGCUCUUUAACAUCAUUCAGCUGGGCCACUUUGAGUUCCUUGCCCCUUACUGGGACAACAUCUCUGAUGCUGCCAAAGAUCUGGUGAGUCGGUUGCUGGUGGUAGAUCCCAAAAAGCGCUACACAGCCCACCAGGUCCUUCAGCAUCCCUGGAUUGAAACGGCUGGAAAGACCAGCUCAGUGAACCUGCAGAAGGAGGUGUCUCCCAGCAGCGAGGGCCACUCCCGGAGCCAGCACAAGAGGGGCACGGAGCAGACAUCAUAGUCACUGCCUCAGGCAUCCAGCCAGCCUCAGUUCUGCUCAAGGACAGAGAAGAAGGUGGAAAGCUAAGAGCAAAACACCAAGAGAUGCUUCUUCACAUAAUUGGAGAAUCAGAAGGAGAGACACUCUGUAUUUUAAAGCAUAUUUAAAAAUAAACUGCGUUGAUAUUAAAUGUAAUAUAUUUUUAGAUUUGUAUGUCUAUAGCCUUUAGUACUUUUUUGGGUAAAAAUUGUCAUCAGUGGGGAAUCUUGGUAAUGACGAUGUGUUUGGCUUCCUCCUUGUGAUCAAGUUUGUGGUGUAAUACAUGUGGUGCUCCAAGCGUCUAAACUCCCCCACAGAAUUAAUAAGGUGAAUCAUGGUCUUUCUGUAUUAAUAAAACAUGCUCUGAAUAAC